AUGAACAUGAAAACCGUAGUCAGUCAGUUUUCCUGGCCUUAUAAGGUAAGUCGCUUUUUUCAUUCACCUCGUUAGGCUUGCAAAGAAUUCAGUCAAACCGUUGUCUCUUUAUGACACGAUUUUGAUUCAUUGAUAGUGUUCGUGAUCUACAGCAAUCCACAGCUGAGAACUAAAGGUUGGAUGAGAAUGCUUACGCUCCAUCUUUGUCUCACUUCUUUUACAGGUGGAACAGCUAUUGGAGGACAUAUCAGCCCCAUUUGUGAAAGUGAGGUCAGUGUCAUCGAAGGACAUACAGGUAUAACUCUCCAGUAGGAUUUGCCUGAUGGUCACUUCCUUCUAAUGAAAAAAACCUUCAAAAAUUAGGAUUCAGUAUGGUUAAGGUGGCUGAACACAGUUUUGUGGGCGGUCAGCGGUAACUCGCGUGACCGCGCGUGUUUUUAAUUAGACAAACAAACAUGACGGCGAAAAAGCAAUGAUACACAGAAGACGAUUUCUCAAAAUCUACUCAUUAAAAUUUUGUGAUAUUUGGCAGAAUUUUUACUUUUAUCGUAUUUUAGAUAAUGAAAACUUUAAAAUGGAAGUUGACCAGACGAAUUUCGUGACACAUUUAAUAAUUACUGUACAAUUAUAUUAUUGAUUAUCUAAAAGUCCGUCUGUUAAAAUUUGAUCAAAUAAGUUUCAAAUGGUAAUGAUUAGUUACAGUAAGCUGCGUGCAAGUUUAUAGGAAAAUCUAAUGAGCGAAUUUUAUGUAAACUGAACAAAAGUGAAAUUUUAAGGUUGUAUUCAAUCGUUCAUGUUGCCAUGGAAACUACGAAAACGUCAAAUUUUACCUGUCAAUCACAAUCUUUCAUCAGUAUAUUUUUCACCUGCCAAGUUUCAGCUUGUGAGCUGCAACCUUUCUCUUGCAAUGAUUUGGCAAAUGACAUACACUCACAAACUGCCAAAACUGUGUUCAGCCACCUUAAAUGACAAAGUGAAAAGAUUCGCAAAGAGCAGCUGUUUAACAAUUUCCAUUUCUUACUUCAUGCAAUUCCACUUUUGGAAGACCAAAGAGUGUCUUAUUUUAGUUUUAUGUCAUUAACAUUUCAUUUACUUUCUUUUUUGUUGUGCAAUACAAUAUAAUAUUCUUCUCAGGUCAUUAAUAGCUGUAACUGUACAUGUAUAUUAUGAACAUCCCAGAAAAGAAGGGAAAUGAGAAAGUAGGUUUUUUUCAAGUGCUUUUCUUCAGGAUUUUGCUGAAAAAUUAACUUGCACUUAGAGCACUGAUGAAAUUGAAUAAAAGGCUAUUUUGAGCAGCAGCCAGCAUUUUGUCUAUAUAGGCUAAUCUGGUAUUGUUUGUAGGGAAAAAAUGUCAUCACUGGAAAUUCCUUUUUCUUGCUAUCGCUGAGGAAAAAGGAAAUCGGAGAAAAACAAUGUUGGUAUAACCCAGAGCUUGAGUGUGCAUUGGUCCAAGUUGACAGACAGUGAUCACAACACAGGUCUGAAUAUAAUUAUUUUUUAAUUACGCGGGAUGACGUAGUCAGCCAGCGUCUAAAAUUCGGUAGCGCAUUCCUUUCGUCGUCUUGGGAGUCAAAAAUUGCCUUGUUUUUUUAACUUUCCCGUAUCCCGUGCCCGUCCCGAAAAAUUGUGUGGAUUUUUAUUGGCCCCAACGUCGAAGCACGUGCAAGUCAGGCUGGAUUGCACAAGCCGAUAAAACAUACUGCGUCAGCAAAGGAGGGAAUAGUAAGCUCACUGUGCAGAGGAGGACGAAGGCUCAAGGCCGUGCUCUUAAUACGGCGCAAGACUUGGCCUCGGGCGACUGAAAAUAUUGUCUAGGUGGCCCAGCCGGGCGACUUGCUGGUGUUGGUUUCUUGUUUCUCUUGAGUUACAGCCCCGGGGGGGUACUCCCAUACAUUACCUAUACGGGUAUGUGCCGCCCAACGGGGUCGUGAUUUUGAAGCUCCUGAUUAAGAACGGGGUAUCCAUUUCAGAGGCGUUUUCUAGAACGGGGUGUAAAAAAUUGUGGAUCGCGGCUUUAUCUUCUGCUUAAAAUUGUUGCUGAUUAUGAAGAAGCAUUUAUUUGAUGUAUAAGUCGAACAAAUAAAGAAAUAUCUUUUUAAAAUACAGGGCUAUUUCAAUUUACAAACUUUCUAGAACGGAGUAUAAACAAUUGGCCCAUUUCUAGAACGGGGUAUCAGUUUUAGGGCGAAUUCUAGAACGGGGUGUAAAAAAUUGGCCCAUUUCUAGAACGGGGUAUCAAUUUUAGGGAAAAUUUUUUUUUAGAACGGGGUGCCAAUUUGGAUUCCCGGGCGGCACAUACCCACCCAAAAAAUACCCAAGUGCCCCCCCCCCCCGGGAGUUACAGUCAAAAAGCUAAGAAUGUCUAGAAUUUAUUACUUGCGAAAUCGUAGCUCUCUCGGUGGCUUCGCAGCCUACAAAGAACGCUCCUCUGAGGUCGACUCUGUAACUAGCAAUCCCGGGUAGCAAUAAGUAGCAUGUCUAUCAAAAAGCUUUAGGAAAAUGUUGUUAAAUCGGGCAGCGGGCACGCGUUGAUGUUCAAAGGUCGUUUCACGUGAAUUCACAUGUAACAUAAUCCUUGACUAUGAACGUGACAAGCUGCACAGUGUUCGAUAGUAACAGCUUUUCAUAGUAACAUUGAAAUUUUUUCUUCAAAUUAGGAUUGUUCAUUAGUUAGUUUUUCAAAACAAGUUGUUACUUUUGCUCUGACAGGCGUGAAGUAUGGUCGGCGACGCAAAACAAUAGUUUUGUAUUUUGAAAAAUCGCUGAAUAAACAAGGCAGUCGGUCGUCUAUGUUCUUUAAAUAUUUUUACCUUUUUUGACUGCUGUGUCUGCGAGGAUAAAACAUAACUAAGAUUGUUAUUCCAGUAAAUUACGAUGCAUAAAAAAGAAAAGAGACGACUAUUAUAAUUCAAAUUGUGAUUGUUCUAGAAUCGGGUAUAAAGGGGGUAUAAAUCUAUAAAAUCCCGCAUUGUCUUUCGUGUCGUGACAAGGCAUUACGUAUAACGUACUAAAAAUAAAUACGCAAAAGCUAACCGAAUCUACAUUUGUCUUGAACAUUUCACCGGUAAUAUAGAAAGAAAAUACUUCUGUUUUGCGCUUAAGAGACGACUUAACAACAAGAUGAUCUAUUCAAAACAGAUAAUAUUUUUGGGGCGGCCCCGGUGGGGGGCGGGGGGGGGGCACUUCCUUAUAAAGAGGCUAAUGGGGAUGUGCCGCUGGAUGGGGUCGCAUUUUCACGACUAGAUUGAACAUUAAUGGGGUUGCAUUUUCAAAAGAGUUACCAGAAUGGGGUCGCACAUUUUCGGAUUUUUGGGGUAAGAGAGCUGUUCAUAUUUACGGUUAGCAAACCUAUCAGGAUAUUUGUACUGUAGGUGAAAAGUAAAGUGUUCUUCAUUCAAUUUAUUAAAAAAAAUAGGUCAAUUCAUUUCUUGAUGACCUAUUUAACGGAUUGAUAAGGUAGAUACAUAAAUAGAAAGUGACUAACUUGGGAUCGCAAAAAUUACAUAUUUCCCCAAGAGUGACUAAUAUGGGGUCUACAAUAUUGGCCACAGAAAAGACUAUAAUGGGGUAGGGGUUCUGAGAGGCCAGCGGCACAUACCCAGCAAAAAUUAACGUAACUAACCCCCCCCCGGGGGGGGGGGCGCCGCGGUUUUGUUGAAAUCAUAACAGUUUUCCUGGAAAGCUCCACGGGUUCUCAGUCAAUCUUAACAAGCGAAUUUUCUUUUCAACCUAAACAGGAGCUCCUGACCUAAAUCAAAAUGAUUAGUAAAAAGAAUAGUGCCCUUAUUUUUGACCCCAAAUUUAUUUUUCCAUUUAAAAAACGUGAAAUGUUCGGCGGCGUUGUCCAUGUUUCUCAUAUGGCGCGAAAACUUACUUUCAUAUGACAACAUGCGGGUUUUUUUUCUUCGCACGCUCAGGAGGUCAAAGGGAUGUAAUUUUUCAUGAAAAAAAUAUUCACAAAAUUCUGCUUGACUUGUUAAGAAAAUAAUUUGUUUAAUGUUUAAUGAUUAACUAACAGAUCAUUGAUUUAUUAAUUUGGGCGACCAACUUAGAGGCCCGGGUACCCCAGCUAAAAAUGCUUGGGGAGCCCAAAGGGCUCUCUGAAAUUUUCCCUAGAGCACUUCCUUGCAGCCCUGUAGUUAUUGGAAGUAUUAUACAUUACAUGCUAUUGUUAAAUGUGGGAGUGCAUUUUUUGAGGACAUUAGUAAGGGAAUGCAAAUUUUAGUGAACUACCCCAUACUCCUAACAUAUAUGGUGGUAAUAUUGAUGUAAGUUUUGUUUUGAGUAGCAAAGGAACCCUUGUGUGUAACUCAUCUUCUAGUGUAUUAGUCCUUAACAGAACAUCUCCGUCUCUCCUUCACACAUUUGUUGCAUACACGACUCAACUUCCAUUUCCAUCCAACAUACCCGUAAUUCUUUCUUAAACCCACACAUCUCGCGUAAGCGCCUUCGGGCGUCUUCUUGUUUGUUGGAAUGAACCAGCCGUAUUUGUUUUGUCUGUGUGUUUUAUGCAAUUUAAAGAAUGAGUUUUUUUAUUGAAUUGAUUUUAUCUUCUUAUUCCUGGGACUGUUUGAGGGACCCAGUCACUGGAUGUUAGGUGUAAAUUCUUGAAACACAUUUUAAAAGCAUUGCGUACUGUGCCAAACUCAUUACGUAGUGAAAACUGUUACCAUUGAGGGAAAAGUUUCCCCUGUCUUAACCAAUCAGAGCAGCGCAUUGGUGGGCCUUGAGAGGUGAGUAAACUUUACACAAGCAAGAAAAGUUUACUCAUUAUAAUUAUAUGUUGGCAGACGUUUCUGAAAUCUAGCUCAUUUACAGAGAUUGAUGCCAAAAUAUUUACAAGCUCUAGUCCUAGUUUCCCUCUGUUGGUUUACAGGGCUUGUAUGUGUCUUGAAAACCCAUAAAAACCCUUGAAUUUUAAGAGUCCUCUUUCAAGGCCUUGAAUGUCCUUGAAUUUUAUCGAAGAACAUUUGAUAAGAAGCAUCGUCACUAUUAUUGUCUUGUUCAUUGUGGAAGGUAAUUCUUUGAUAAGUACUCACAGACAAAUUUUCAUAAAAAUGGUUGCCAUUAAGAAAAAAGGCCCAUUAUUAUCAGAAUAUUUUUAUAGUUUAUAUGGAACCUGUGUUAAAAGUAAUAAAUAAGGUCCUUGAAAUUUAAAAAUGUGGUCCUUGAAAAGUCCAUGAAUUUUACAGCAGGAAAAGUGUACAAACCCUGGGUUUAUGUUGAACUUUUUAGCUGAAAAAAGUCAAGAUACAUUUUUUUCUCUAAAGCAGUUGUGCAUGCUUUUUUCAUGUUGAAGUAAGGAAACACUGCCAUAGUUUGUUCAAACAUGACAAGUACGUGUAGAAGAUACAAUUUUAAUUGUGCUUUGACAUUAACUAUGUCCACUUUCGUAACUUAAUUACAUUUAUACUAUCACUUAUAGUCAGACCACCAAUAACAGCUCAAUGCCUUUUGCAAAACUUCCAUUUGACAGAAUCUGUCACUAUAAAAAUGGUGCUCUCCUCUAAACAAGUUAGCUACUGUAAAUAAUGCUAAAAAUAAGUUCAUCGCCUCACAGUUUUUUGUAUUGUAUACUUCUGUUAAAAUGAACAUGUGGGUGAAAUAUAAUAAAGACCAAAGAUUAUAUUUCCAUCAAAUAAAUAAUUAUAAUGCGUGAGUCAUGACCUUUCAGAUAAAGGGUUAAACGAUUAAAAUCAGCUCGACUCAAUGGCACCACAAACAAGCUAUGUGUGCAGGCGAGAUUUGAAGCGACUAAUUGCAAGCUGUAAAGGCACCUUCUUUGUUAGCCUGAGAAAACAUCCGUUUCUCCUCGCUCUUCGCCACUGGGGACGUUUCGCGAGGAGGAACGUCUGCAACUGAGCAACAUAAAUUCCAUACUGAUGACGCAAAUCAAUGUUUACAUAAUAAGUCCGGUAGUCAUGGGGUUCCAAAUAUAAAUUUGUCCAAUUUUACGUGUCUUCUGGUCGAUUUUGGUGAAGUGUUGUGUUCAUUUGCCAACGAGCUCCAGCAAGACUCAAAUGCGUCUUCUAGAGAAGACCAUAUUCCACAAAUAUUGACUGUUUUGUUAGAGAUUCUUCGCGUUUACAUUUGACCUUUGUGGCCUUUUGUCUUUUGUCUGUCAUUCGUAAACAAUAGCUAAAACAAUGUAACUACUCCGUCAACCAAUCAGCGCUUCUGACCGGAUUCCAGACAGAUUUCACGUCAUCAGUAUGGAAUUUCCGUUGCUAAGUCGCAGACGUUCCUCCUCGCGAAACAUCCCCAGCGGUGGAGAGCGAGGAGAAACAGAUUUUUUUGCAGGCUACUUCUUUGUCUAGUGAUUAUAAAUUCUUUCUUUUGUUCUUUUAUGUCUUGAAAGAUUUUUGCUGUAAAAAAGUGUCUUUGCGAAUAUUUUAUUAUUGAACUCGCCACGCACAUGUCUUUACAAAUCCACGCCAAAUUGCUGGAUUUUACGCUUACACAAGAACACCAACGAAUAUUUUGAGUAUGGAUAAAACACCACAUCUGCUCACCAACAAAAUAAUAAUAAAAAGCCAAGAAUACUCAGCAAUGUUAAAGUUGUCUCACUUAUGUUACAGAAACAUUUUGUUGUACUCACCGGUUUUGUCCGUGGUUGCAGAGCCGGUAAAGAACACAGUUGUCAGCGAAGAGCUUAAUGCUAGAUGUGAUAUUAGUAGGUAGAUUGUUAAUAAACAUCAAAGAAGAAUGGAACCCAAAUAUGGUUCCCUGAGGCACCCCGGAAACUAUAGGCGACCACGAAGAAGCAGAACCAUUAACCACAACUCGUUGGCUACACCCAGUUAGAAAGCUUUGAAUCCAGAUGUUGGCCUUAUUGGAAAUUCCGUAGUAGUCAGGCUUAAGUAAAAGCCAUUUAUGAAUCAAAAGCUUUCGUGAAGUCUAGAAAUACAGCAUUGACUUAACCAUGGACAUUUAGGACUAAUGCCUAUUCGUACAUGACGGUGAUGAGUAGAGUCUCACAUGACAGUCCCCACCGAAAACCAUGCUGAUGCAAACCACAGGCUGAUGUUGCAAAAGCCACAGCCUCCUCUCACAGCCCUUCUUACAAGUGUACUUCACUAGUUCCACACACAACUUAGUAAUUUCUGCCACUGCGGGAGAGUUGCCACAAAAUGCUGUUGCAAAAAUAAAAGCGAAUCAUACCAUCUUUACUUUGGGUAGAUGCAAAAGAGUGACUAAACUCGAAACCAUUUGUCAAGCCUGUCUGUACAUUGAGAAAAUGCAAGAAACUUUAACUAGCAUUCAUGGAUAGAAACAUUGAAAACUCCAGCUGGAAAACAGAUCUGGGCCUUAAAUGCUGCAAGGUUAAUUUAAUUAUCAGGACAUUCACUGGCUUUAUGAAGAAGAUAAGUUGUUUACUUUGUUGAUUAAGCUUAUAACUGUAUUUUGCCCAGGGCUUUCAUUAAGCAUCGGAGAUCGGAGAAUUCUCCAGCUAAAUUUCGAUGAAGUAUAGCUAGGUUUUUAUUUAGACAAAUCAGACGUGGAUAUAUUUGUUAAAAAAAAUUAUUCCCAGAAAUGCAUAAUUUUAGAGCUUAGCCACUUGCUCUACAUUCCUAAAUAAAUAACAAAAUACGUAAAAGACCUUAUCUAAAUGCUAGCGGUUUUAAGCCCAUCAAAACUAACGGAGAAUGUGUCAAAUAUGAAACGGUCUUCUGAAGCGUGGACAGUAGACUGUAUGCUCAACACUUUUUUAUUUGCACGCAAAAAAUUAUUAAAUGAAUAAAUACUAAUGAAACAAAACGUGAAACAAAAAAGUACAUGAUGAAAAAAUCUUAGGGGCAAAGUUACAACAAGAAAAGUUUAAACGGUAAGAAUCAACUAACUUAAGUUUAUGAAUAAAAAGAACGAUUUCUUUGUGAACUGCUAUGGAAAUAAAUUUGGCUAUGUUUACCAUGUAUAAAAUUAUUAUGAAACAAAUACAAAUUUUGAGAUUUGUCCAUUUUAAUGAUGACUUCUAAAACAUGUAGAGGUAUGCAGUGUUUUUUGUUCGGCAGCUACGAGAAAUAAAAUUUGCUAUCAGACUCAGCAGGGUUUGAAAUGCAAAAUUUCCAGACUUGUUUUCAAGCUCUUUGUGGGAAAGUUCUUUGCUCUUUCAAAUAUUCUCCUGUUAAUUUACACUAUUCUCCUGCUAAUGCAAUUCUUAAUGAAACCACUGCCUCAUUGACUGUAGAAAAUUAGAUUUCUUCAACGACUAGAAGGCUAUAGAUGUUUAAAUGAGUCAGUUCAUAUCCCAACAAGUGGACUGCUUGUUUUCACAGUUUGCAACACGUUCUACUAGGUCAUCAUGUUCACCUUGGGUGUACUCAAGGGAAUGUUUGGUGUUUCAAGGGUUUCAAUAAGCACUGACGACUGAUGAAAUGCGUUGGUUUCUUUGCUCAGAGAAGUCGGCUACUUUUCUCCCUGAAAGAAAAAGCAACUAGCUCUCGCAGUGUUUUGUAAACAAAACAUAUAUUAUUGACACUGAAUGAAAAGGUAAAGGCUCACUGGUUUUGAGUUAUGUUUUAGUUUGCAAACGCUGUAUGUGUUUCAGUCAAUUUUUCACAUGUUUCUUUGGAUGUUUGGAAUUUCUUCUCUCGCAAAUGUACAUAAUUUUAAUUAUCGUCAUUUGUUCAUUGCUUGUAAGAGUUGAUUGUGUGGCAGAUAAAUUGGAACUUGAAUAAAAGCUACAUUUUGUUGAUUCAGGGACAAGCACACUCUUUUGUAUUCAAUUUAGUCCCCAGGACUGAGUUGUUCAAAGCUGGGUUAAGGUAACCCAGGGUUAGUGCAAGAUUUAAGUUCAGAUAUGAAAGCUUAAGAAUAAUUUCAGUUUUAAUUCUUUUUGUCUACAAGUUGAUUAUUGGAAGCUUUAAAAAGAACAGAGAUAAUUAUCCGAGAAAAUGCGUUUGAACACAAUAAAAUGAAACCCGGGUUAAAUUUAACCUCGGGUUAAGCGCUAAUCGGCCUUCGAACAACUGGGCCCAGAACGUUGGAAAUCGCAUUUUAGGGCUUUAAAAUUUCAAAAUUUUCUGUCAAUUUAUGGAGAAUGCCUCACCCCCAGACUCCCCUAGAGGUACGAGAUUAUCGGCCCCUUGUUGAUACAGUCGGUUACUCUAUUCAAACCUGCUUGCUACGUCAAUUAUUAUUGAAAACCCCUCGUGUCAUUCACUGUCUUAUUUACUUCACAGGUUUUUUUUAGGGCUUGUAUUUCCACUUGAGCUUCAUUCAGUCUAGCUUCCAGGCUAAAAAUUCCUUCCUCUCAAAUUUUAGUAUCAUCUUUGAUAGCUGUAAGCCUUAGUAUGAGACUGUGAUAUUCUAUUAGCAUCAUUUUAAUGUACUGGUAGUCGCCAUCUUGGGCUGCUUCAAUGGAAUCCGUGUCGGUGCCAGAGCUGCUUAUCCUCAGCUGCUUUUUAUCUAAAUCUUUGUUUCCCAUGUUUGUAACUGCUGUGGCAAUGUUAGUAAAGGGAAAGACACAGGAAAAAGACAAAAUUCACUGUGUUGUGUUGAUUUCUCAAAGCCAGGUUUGUGGAACUUUCAAAAUAAUGUGCAUCUAGCUGCAACAGCUCAUGCUCAUUCUCCUGCCUUUUGUGAGUUUUAUUCUCACUGUAAUUGAUUGGGGAAAUUGCUCUAAAAAGUUUAAUUUUUUGUGAAUGAAUAAUACCAGCCUCUUCUUGUUGAGGAGGAAUUUACAUGAUACUUUUCAUUUGUUUUAUCUUGGAGCAGUAUAAACAAAGCAUUUUACCACUUUAAAUUGCACAGCUAAGCUGUGCCUUGGUUUGCAGACCACUUCUCAGUUUCAAAAUUUCAUAUAAAACAUUCUCAAGGUAGACCCUAUUCUACAGUUUUGCGAGUUUUGAUGUCCAGUAAGCUAAUAUUCAUCAACACUACUCACCAAGUUUAAAUUUGAUAUGUGCUGACUCUAUGGAGCUAAAUCUUUGUCAGUUUUCAACAAGUCCUCUCAAACUGGUCCACUUCACUGAUUUUAACCCUCUGGUGCCGCAACAUGUUUCUUUUUUUAGUAAGUGUAAGUUUGUCAGAAUUGGUCAGAAUAUCGAGACCGAGGUAUUAGUGGAAAGAUCUAUCUUUGCUGAUGUUUUUUACCAUCUUGAUAGCUUAAACUGAAAGCUAAAUUGGUCCAGGAAGGAAAUUAUGCAUUGUUCCAUAUGGAACAAAAAAUAAUAAUGACUAAAGCUUUCGUUAUAGGGUUAAGGGGUUAUUUCCAAGAUUUUUACUUACUGUUUUUGUUUAAAAUAAAACCAUGGAAGUGUCUAUUGAUAAAUCAUAUCAACAACGAUGUCAGUUCAGGUGUAGACUGAAUAGUUGUUUAUUUUUUCCCCAGCACCAUGAAUCCAACAGAAUAAGGAAGUUUGUGAUUACAGACUGCGGUUGCACACUGGUGGUGAAAUGUCAUGAUAAAAGAAGCUGCAUUCAAGGAUCGGUUGUCUUUGCUUCAUACUAAUUUUAUGACAAAGCAAAGGAUGUUUAAUGUGCUAUAACGGUCAGAGUCAAUUCUCUUUUCUCUGCAGGUACAUUUGGG